AUUGGAUCACGCAGAAGUGGAUUAUCUGAGCCUUUUCAGUCAGGAUUCAGGCCUAGAUAUGCAGGGUAUAAGAGCCUGUGACCUCCUCCUCAGGCAUAGUGCCUUGAGUCAUAUGAUCCGUUUCCUUCUUGGUCCCAACCGGCAGAAUAACCAGAACCGCAGGUGGAGUUCGGCACAAGCCCGGGAAUUUGGCUUUCUCCAUAAUACUGUGGCACUGUUUGUCUUGCAUUCGGAUGUCUCCUCACAGAGGAAUGUAGCUCCUGGUUUGUUUGCUCUGCAUUCGCCCCUUAGCAUUACUACUUCAGGGCCACUCCUGGCCCUUCAUGAAGAAGUAGAAGCUUUGAUAUUCCUGUCUGAGGGGAAGCCUUAUUUAAUGGAGGUGAUGCAUGCUUUAAGGGAGCUAACUGGAUCCCUGUCGACCCUUAUUGAGAUGGUGGUCUACUGCUGCUUUUGCAAUGAGCACUUUUCCCUUACCAUGUUGCAUUUCAUCAAG